AUGAACCAGCUGGACUUCAUUAUCUAUGGAAGUGAUAUUUCAUCAGUCUUUAUCAGACACUGUUUCUAUGGUCCUAAAUACCAGUUUUCCACACCAUAUUUUCAGAUCUGGCAUUACUUUCUCGGUGGACUCUCAUCAGUCUGGUUCAAAAGUUCCUGUCCAGUUCACAUCAGUCAUCUGGACCACCUGGUGCUCACGGUUCAGGACCUGAACAAAACCACACAUUUUUACUCCAAGGUUUUGGGGAUGGAGGUCAUCACUUUUAAGGGCGACCGCAAAGUGCUGAGUUUCGGAGAGCAAAAGCUCAACCUGCAUCAGGCUGGGAAAGAGUUUGAGCCCAAAGCCAAAACCCCAACACCAGGAUCUGCUGACCUGUGCCUGAUUACUAAAACCCCUCUGACAACCGUCGCUGCCCACCUCAAGGCAUGUGGAGUGACGAUAGAGGAGGGUCCCGUUGACAGGACGGGUGCUGUGGGUCCCAUCCGCUCCCUCUAUUUCCGUGACCCUGAUGACAACUUGAUUGAAGUCUCCAAUUACCAGCAGUAGACAGCAGGGGGCACUGUAUCAUUGCCUUAAGAUGAAUAUAAACAUGUACUCAGAUGCCUUCCCAAAAGAUGUUUUAAAUGUAAUAAAAAAUAAAUAAAUA